CAACAACAACAACAACAACAGCGACAUAAUAUUAGAGGAAUUUCCUACAAAAAAGAUGAUACUAAAUGUGAUAUCUUUAAUGGAAAAUGGGUUUAUAAGGAAGAAGAAGAACCAAUGUAUAACACAAAGACAUGCCCUUUCCUUGAAGUUGGUGUAACAUGUCAAUCAAAUGGAAGGCCAGAUUUUGAUUAUGUUAAGUGGAGAUGGGAAGCAACAGAUUGUGAUAUACCACUGUUUAAUGGAGAAGACAUGUUAGAGAAGCUGAAAAACAAGAGGAUGAUUAUAGUUGGAGACUCCAUAAAUAGAAACAUGUGGGAAUCUCUUGCUUGCCUUCUCUACUCUUCCAUUCCAUCAUCCAGUGCUGAAGUUGUUGAAAUGGCAGCAUAUAGGAUGUUGAAAGCCAAGAAUUAUAACUUCACAUUGGAGUUCUAUAUGACCCCAUUUUUAGUAGAAGUGAACAAAAAGCAUAAAAGUGGGCGCAGAGUUCUUAUUCUAGAUAGAAUAUCGUCAUUUUCCAAGCAAUGGAAAGGCGCUGAUAUUAUGGUUUUCAACUCUGCCCAUUGGUGGACACAUGGCGACGCCAUCAAAGGGUGGGACUUGUUUUCAUACAAGGGAAAGCUUGUUGAAAACCUACCAAGGAAUAUAGCCUACAAAAGAGGGAUGAGAACAUGGGCAUCAUGGAUAAACAAAAACAUCAACCCAACAAAGACAAGUGUGUAUUUUAGAAGUGUUUCACCUUCACAUUUCAAUCCUCAUUUUUGCUACAAUGCAACACAACCAAUAAUGGAUGAAUCAUACACAUUAAGAUUCCCAAGAUCUCUUAUUAAUGUUAUUGAGAACUUAACACAAAAAAUGAACAAAUUAGGAGUCAAGUAUAUGAAUAUUACCAAGCUUUCAGAGUAUAGAAUGGAUGCACAUCCUUCCGUUUAUACCACCAAGAUUCAGAAUAAUAGUAAAGUUCCUGGGCCUGAUUGUAGUCAUUGGUGUUUACCUGGAUUGCCUGAUACUUGGAAUAGAUUGUUAUAUGCUUCUAUAUUGUUAGAUAGUCUAAAAAAAUUUCCCACUUCUUAA